UCCUUAUUCUAGCACCGCAACAUGCAGCACGAAAUGUGAAGAUGCGUGACCUCGUCUAGAUGAAAUUCGAAUGUGACACAAAAUGCUCCUCUCUGAGUCAGUCACGAAGCCGAACCUUUGCGAAUAGCUCUUUAUGACGUUGCUCGUUAUAUACAGAUAUUUUCCUCUCGACAAAAGCCAUUUUCAUUUUCUCACCGUCUAGGUAUAGCGUCGACCUCGAAAAACUAAAACUCCGUCAAUCAUGACGACCGCAAGCCCCGCCGUCGAAAAUGCGAGCGGCCAUAGUCCCGCCAGAAGUGCGGAACUCUUGGCUUGGCAGCCGCUAGUAGCCCGAGCUCGCAGCGGCAGCAUGCUCACGGGCCCGCUCGGAGCUGAAGGAUCUGCGGGAAAGGAAUGGGACAGCAAUAGUGGUAGUGCAGAUCAUCUUCAUCUCCCAACCACGUUGAUUCUCUGCGAUCUCUUUCCCCUGACGCCGUCGCCGGAAGGGAACCUUCCUGACUUUCCGCUUGAGUUCCAUACGUUGCAGGAGCUGGAUUUGAGUGGGUGCGGUCUUCUCGCGUUGCCCGAAAGUGUGUCGCGCUUGACCGGCCUGAAGUGCCUCUUUCUCGGAGGGGUAGACGCACAAAACUCGUCCUCCAGCAAGAAUCAGUUCAAAGCGUUGCCGAGUCUGGCGAACUUGAAAGAGCUAGAACAGCUGUCGGUACACGACACGAACCUACAAAUUCUUCCAGCCCUCCCGGAAAAUAAACUGGCGAGUCUCCGCGUAGAUCGCUGCCCCCUCGUUGCCGAGGACUUUCCAACCGAGCUUCCGAGGACGCUGACGACGCUGCACUUAGAGGGCUGUCCUUUGGGAGGGUCGUUCGACGAGCCUGAAAAACUGCCGGCCGCUGUGAAGAAGUUGGAGGGACUGUUGGAUUUGCAAAUGCCGGAUGGGUAUCAAAUGUAAAAAUGUCUGGGUCUGGAGGUUGGUAACUUGUGAUGCGCAAGCUGUAUGUAGGGAGAUCCAUUUGCACGAAGUACGAGCGCACGGAAACACACUGGGCCGGCGUUGCAGAUGAAACACGAAAGGGAUUCCUGCAGGGUUCCUUCCAUCGAGAUGGCGUUUGCAGCUGGGUCGUUUUCCGCCUCAUGGUUUCACCAGUCAAGAAUCGGACGAACCUAGACGCCGCAGAGCUGGUGCUCAUCAACUGGUUUAACGCAAGCGCAAACUCGCAGGGGAAGAUAGCGGGCGAAUUCUGCAAGAAGGUCGCAAACAUCCGGAAGACGUAUGUGAUCACACGGCGGGAGCACAAGGCGUUCAAGUCUACAAGGACCGGCAGCAACGGCGUCUCCAGCGCAGCACCGCGACACGCUUUCCAACUCCUGCAGGCCAGGAACCUGGACCAGACCACCAAUGAGCACACGCGCAUCAUGUUGGCUAUGUCGAAGAGGUUGGGGACCAGUAAGGCAACCCAGGACAAGAUACGCGCGAUGCAGCCACGAACUGCGCAGGCCUUCCAGCAAAAAGCGAAGCAGCUUCUUGACCCCGGCAAGUGCUACAUCUUCAACAGCAACUUCCAGCACUACGCACAGGGGAGGCAAGUAGUUGUAACAACAAUCAAAGUCAACGAUCUCAGCCCGGCCUUCCUCAAUAGCGUGCGGAGAUACUUCGCCCUUUCGCUCACGGUGGACCAGGAACUACGCGGGCCAGUACGGGUACUACGAGUCAAGAGAACUAGGGCGAGGAAGGUGCUGGAUGUACUAGGAACAAACUUGAAGCACUUCCACGACCAGGCCGCGCACAGACUACGACAAGGGCAAGGCAUGCACUGCGCGCGCGAAUUCCUGAAGAACGAGUAUCCCGACCUGACCACGAUCGACGGACACACUGUCUGCGAGCCCGCCACGUCUGGUUUCUCGCUUGUUAGCAUCGGGGGCAGAGAGAUAGGGAACUGGAAUCGCAUUGGCACGCUCGCACCGACCCGAAGAGAAGUAGUGCAGUGCGUUACGAAAGCGCGGAAACAGUGGCAAAAGCAGAGCGGGGUGCUGAAGACAGGGAACGAGGUGGCGGAUGUGUUAGUUUCUGCCCGGUCCACAGCAUGGGAAAAGAAGAAGUCUUAUGCCACGCAGGAUGACAUUACGGACGUCGCCAGGCAAUUAGCUCAGCAUCUGUACGUGGGGGAGGUUGACAAGUCGCGGUCUAUCUUCUUCGCAUGCCACAACGUAAUCGCGCACUGCCUCCUCAAGCACAUCGAAAACGAUUACGAAAUGAUCCGCGGUUGGAAAGGGCUAGAAAACUACGACGAAAGCAAAGAGUUUUUUGCGCUCUCUGACGAAAACAAGGACAGGCGGAGGGGCGGAAAACCUUUGAGCCACAUCUUCUGCAAACGCAACCACCGCUGGCCGUUCCUGAAAAUAAUGCUGACGGCCAAAAUGUUCAAAGCGAUGGAACAAGACGGCAAGAGGGACUUUGCAUUGGAAGAGCUACCCGGGGCUGCAGUAGCAUACAGACCAAUCACGUCCUACUUCAAGCAUGUUUACCGGGAUUGGUUCCGGCAGGUCGCGCGCGUGAUCCGUAGAGUCAUGGCACCGGAGUGCAGCAAGUUUCUCUUCGCAACACAGCAGGAGGUGAUAGAAGCUCUGGAGGAUUGCAACCGCGUCUGGAACGCACUCACACCAGACGAAAAGGCCAAUUGGGUCCUACUCUUCGAGACAGGGGACCUGAAGGACUUCUUCACGCGGUGCAACGUUGCAGAAGCAAUUGAACUGGUAGAACGACGGGCAAACGACUAUACGAGAUGCGGCGUUCGGUGUUUUGCGGUUGAGAAGACUAGUCCGCACCUGAAGCGGGUGGAAAUGCACAAGGCAGAGCACGCGCGGAAGCGGAUCGGGAAACUUUACAACGACAAGAUACAGACGAAGUCGAUGAUGGCGCGCAGCAUCGCGAAACCAAGAAGGGGGAUCAGAUUUCUCAAGAAAAAGCCAGACGGAAAAGAGUGCUGGCACCUUCGCGCGGACGUCAUCACACGCAGCCCGAAGAUCGACGCGAAGUUUUCCGUGUGCAGGGUGAUGGGCAGGGUAGUUCGACAAACUGGCGGGGGACCGAUGGGCCCGCCGCUCAUGGUGGAGAUCUCGAACUGCUUCGGGAUAGUGCAGGAAAUGGGCGGCCGCAUUGAUCGCACCUACACCGGCCGGAUCCUCUUCCACAAGCGGUACAUCGACGACCUCGGGAUGACGCGACUAGUACCGCGGGGCCAGGAAGUGGAGCCACUCCGGCGCGACUUCUACCCUGGCUGCACACUGAACGACACAACGAAGGACCGGGAAUACGUAGGAGUAAACUGGUCACAGAGCUAUUUCGGAACUUCAACGACAGCAAUGCCGCAAAAAGUGCAAAUCCCAAUAGAAUCCUACAGCACGAGUGCUGCGCGGCGGGGAAUUGAAUACGGCCGCCUGUGUUAUGAAGCUGGGCUUCGCAUCGACGCAGGGCGGGAAGCAGCGGACUGAGCAAGAGCAAGAAUUCCCGAAAACUCCGAAAAUGCUAUAAAAGUAGCCUGAUCAACGCACCUUCCCCCGGCGACGAGUUUUUUUUCACCCCAUUAACGGCGUUUCGCGAGAAGUAGUGGAGCCUUGGUUCAAGUGGUUUUUGAGUUUGUGUUUUUUUCAAAAAGAGCGAGUCACAUGAGAUGUGGGCGUUUUCGUAGUGACAAUUAUUAUAUAUCUCCCCACACUAAAGCUCGUUCUUAGCUGUUUGGUAGAACUUUUUUUCAGACACACGUCUCGCCUGGUCCCGCUUCUAAUCUAACUUUUUUCGAUCUCUGGUGGCCUUUGCAAGAUCUCUCACUCGUGCUGUUUUGCACUUAGCACGGUAUUCUCAAUCUAUACGUCUCGCCUUGUCCCGAUGUAAAAAGGUUCGUUUUCUAGGACCAUCGACGACCGUUUUUUAGUAGUAGUCAUUAACUCCCCGGGCUAACACUCGUUUGUAUCUUUCUCAGACGUACGUCGCGCCUUGUCCCGAUGGAAAACACGUGCUCGAUCUCUUCUGACCUAACUUUUUUCGAUCUCUUGCGCUUUCGCAACGCCGUUGCACUUAGCGCGGUAUGAUCGUUUGCACGUCUCGCCUGGUCCGGAUGUAAAAACACGCAUAUGCUGCCUUUUCGAUCUCUAGUGCGCGCGCAGCUCCGUUUUUGUUUUGCAGAGAAAGUUUUUUUUUUUGAUUUUUACGAGUGGUUUCACAGCACGACCCGCGAGCAUGCCAAUGUUAAUGAAGCUCGUCGCUUGCUACAGGCAACGACCACAGGGUACGAAAAAUAGCAGCAGUGGUAACUUAAGCCAGGCACUUUGCUUUCGGUUUACGUAAGUUGUUCGAAGUACAAAAUUAGAGAGUAGAGGUGGCAGUAGGGGUAGAGAGAUAGAGGGAAAAGUAUAGAAAUAUCUUCGACAGAUUGUGGUGCUGUUUUUGGAUUCCCAAAAAAUCUGUUUUGCAUGAACAGCAAAAGGGGUCCAGUUUUCGCUACGCGGAGAGGGAAUUUCUCAUGCUGUAUGGGCAUCAGAAAGCAUUUACAAAAUAUGUGAUGCUAGAGCAUGCAUCACAGACUUCAUGGGUCAUGCAAAAUAUGCAUGACAGACGUUGCAUUUUUCCAGACCCAGAUAUUUUUGCAAUCCAUAAUGGCUCGCAUGUGGGAGAAUUCUUCGGCACGCCGCUGCAAGAGUUGCUCCGGGGGCGAGGAAGUGCUGGGGGGUUGUGAGGUGGGAAUCGUGGAAGAUGAGGAGCGGUUUAAUGUGACUUUCUGAUGCAUGGAUUCCCAUCUUUAACCAUAUCUAAUAUUCACGCCAAUUUCUCGAUCUCGGGGAGCUGUAGGUGUUCGUUGCAGCACGCAAGCACAUUGAUGUUUCCAAGAAGGCACAAAGUUAAUCCAAAUGUGCGCGUAUUGUUGUCCGUUUUUGAUCUUGGGACACACGUCGACACGGCGGACCACUCAAAGAUAGAGUUGACAAUUGUUCAUGUAAGGCGGCCAAACAUUUGCCACUGAACGAAGAUGAAGAUCAAGAUCAUAUGUAGGAGCCUUGCAGCUGUGGGCAGUGUGACGAGCCGUGUUUGUCAAGAAGCAGCGUUUUCUUAGUUCGAGUAUUUUAGCGUGGCAGCCCCGCUUUAAAGCCAAGCGCACUUGGACACAAUACAAGCAGUGUGCGUGUCUUGCACCACGUCUGCGGAUCCUCGAUAUUUCUAG